UGAAGGAGCUAACAGGCCAGCCUAUUGCGCACUUGGCGGCACACACAGCCAGAGCGCACAACAGCCGCGUGGAUGGACGAAGCCACUAAAGGACUUCCCUUACUGACUUUUACAGGCAAUGUUAUGAUUGGAUACCUAUUGGAUCGGCGUUUCUUCUAAUUUAACGAGUGCUCAUUACAACGUGCCACCUCUGACCGGAUAUAGCCUUUACGCAUCCCGGGAGCCGGGGCAAAAGGGAUUCUCCAGGUUUCCAAUUGGGCUUUCCUCUGCCUAAUCCUCUCCUGCGGAUUUCCUGCACCGCUCCACGUGACUCACCCUGCAGAUUUUCAGAGCAGGGAGCAACAGAAGUCCAAGAGCCAUAAAAACUAGCAUCUGUCUCUGCUGGCAUUUUCCAAAGAUGCUCAACAAUGCCAUAAAGACCUGAAGCCCAACAACCCAUGUGUAUCCCACCGAACAAACACACUGAAGAGUUUCAGACACCAGUGUUGUGUGUGUGUGUGCUGAGAUUAAAGCACUGUGGAACUGAGGACUUAAACUCAAGAGUAUGGUCCAACUGUCCACCUCAGUCUACUUGCUGGGAGGCCUUUUGGGCCUGUUGCUAUCACCUGUUCGGAUGGCCCCGACACCAGCCAGCAUGUGCACACCCUUGAAGACGCUCAACGACAGCCUCAGCCACAGGCGACGGUACAUGAAGCACAACUUCCCCAUCGCCUACACCAUCAAGGUUCAUCAGGAGGAAGUCUUUAAACUGUCAAACAUCAACAGAAUGAGGUUACAGGUGGAGGGGUUGGAUGAGCUGGUUCUCCAGAGGUUGUGGUUCCAGGUCAACCAAGGCGUGUUAAAAAAGAUCAUCCAGGUUAUGCCAGAGAGACAUCCUUCACGUCCAUACGCCACUGAGUUGGAAAGACGCUUUAGGGAUGUGGAGGGCGUCUUUGUACAGUCACAUCCCGCUGAGCUGUUCCAGCAGGAGCUUCCAGAGACUAUCCAGGAAAUCUGGGAUAAUUUAACAGAAGAGUCUGACAGAGUACCAGAGUCCAGCUGGCGAUUAGCUUCCCCGAAAUCCCUCCUGGACAACUUCUGCCACACCAUGCACUGCCUCUUCAGCGAGUGCUUUGCCAGCACAGAAGCCCAGCAGGACUACUGUGCUGUUUCCCAUUGGAGGAAAGGCAGGAAAAAACCCUCCCAUCCCGAAAGCUGAGAAGAGGACUGCGGGUGUAGUUGUCCCUCUUGAUACUGAUAAGGGAUUGAUAGCAUUAUCUCCCUUGAGCGAGAGGGAUAAAAGAACAAUCCACACGGUAACCAGAAAGUUCAGUCCUGUAUGUGAACAUCAACACGUCUUUCCCAAAUCUACCAAACAGACCUAAGAUUGUCAUGAUGAUAUGAUGAAGACACAAACAAUGGCUCCAUCAGCCAAAGCAGACUGAUAUUGUAGAUACAGCAGCAGUGUGCGUAGGCGAUUUCACAAGCAUGUGGACUUUCCGCUAAGAUGAAAUAAAAGCUCAUUUGAGAUACAAGCUCCAACUCAUAUUUUUCCAAUUCUCUGUCACUCAGGAAGCCUAAAGUAUGUGUCCUUUGAUGGCAGCUCAGAUUGAUGCUUUAGUACUUGGGUUUCAAGUUUUUGGAAGAGAUAUGUUCAUUUUCACAUAUACGGACUAAAUCGAUCAUCAAAUCAAUGUCACUGUGGCUUUGCCAAAUCUGUUUCCCAAAAAGUCUGUGAUGUGCUCCAGUGGACCUGCCGGGUUCACCUCAGAGACCAAAAAGAGUAAGAGAGACUGCACAUUGGAUUGUUACUAUAUUGAGAAACUUCAAAUGACUUUGUACCAUAGCAAAACGUCUCUUCUAUGAGCGCCUAUUUCAAACAUCAAUGAUCUACAGCAAGAGCAAUCUACAUGAGCUGAACUUCAGACCUACACGUAAACUGAUAACUUCUGUUUUCUCUUUCCUACUAUGCAUUUCUCACCUUAUUUUUAAGAUAUGUGCUAUAAAGGCCCGCAUUGCCUAUUCAGAAUCUGUCAAAACAAGUUUAUUCAUUUUUGUCCCAUUUGUAUAUAUGCAUAUGUAUUUUUCAUGUACAAAGAGUGAGAGUUAAACCCAGAAAAACAAUGACAUACAAUCAUCUCUCUCCGUCCAAGUCAAGUAUUGUUAUACUUACUGUAGUGAUGGAGUUGUUUUUCCCCCAGGCAACUAUUGAAUAAUUUGAUGACACAGUUAACAUGUGUUUAUACUUUAUAAUCAGGCCCCAAAUUGACAGAUUUAA